GGUCAUGAUGGUAGAGGAAGAGUAUUCGGAUGAGACAUUUGAACAAGAUCCCGAUGACGCUAUGGACGUUGCUCCUGAUGACUUUCGGCAGAUAGUUUUGUAUCGGGAGUUGGAUGGGCUCAGUUCCCAUUCACCAUUCAGACAGAAGUCUCGUAGACGUCGAUGGACUCAACGCGAUAUGACUAACGCCUAUAAUGCAGUAAAGUACCAGGGUAUGUCGCUUCGCGGUGCUGCAACGGCGUUUAAUGUUCCCGAAUCCACUCUUCGUGAUCGUGUUCAUGGGAGAGUCAGUCUGGAGUGUUCAAGGCCUGGCCCUCCCACUUUUUUUACUUUUGAAGAGGAGAAGAAAAUGGUUGAUCACAUACUUUUUAUGAGUAAAAUAGGAUAUCCGUAUACGCGAAAUCAGGUUGUGGAGUUGGCAGGAGAUAUGACGAAGGCAGUGGGACGAAUCGCUCCAUUUAAAUACCUAAAUCCUAGUCAGGCAUGGUUUUAUGCUUUCCUUAACCGCUGGCCUGAUUUGAAAAAUUUUCUCUUUGGUCCGCGAACUAACAGAAAAUCAAAAGGUGUUUCUGGCGAUGCAAUACAAGCCUAUUUCGAGCAGCUUGAUAAAGUAAUAACGAAGUAUGGAAUCAAGGAUAAACCGGAGCACAUGUGGGUAGUUGAUGAAGUGAGCAUAAGUUGUGAGAACCAGCCCCCUCGAAUCCUCCCUAUUGGUAUCCAACGCGCUCAGUCCGUCAGUUACUGGAGCCCCACUGUCGCAAUUAUCGGUGCAGCCAAUGCAGCCGGUGAGAAGGUUCCUCCUUUUCUCAUUUACCAUGGCGAAACUAUUACGCAUACCAUGAUGGAGGGUGCAGUACGAGGGACUAAGUUUGCCAACUCUCCCUCUGGAUGGGUGAACUCAGAUGCGUUCAUUCAGUGGUUCUUGAAGCAUUUUCGUCCUCAGAUUUUGAAACGACCACUAAUAUUGCUUUACGAUGGACAUCUUCAAUUCAUCAGUGUACGGGUACUCGAACGAGCCAGGGAGGAUGGCGUUUUACUCUUUCCUCUGCCUCCACAUCCAGCUUACAAUCAUUGUAUUGAAAAUACCUGCUUUCAUGCAUUCCACUCGUACUUUGAAAAGCGUUUGGAAAGAUUUUUUCAAAGAUUUCCUAAUGAUUCACUCUCCAAAGUAAAUGUGGCUCCAAUACUCACGCAUGCUUACGAACGUGCAUUACAACCGAGAAAUAUGGUUAGCCUAUUUGCUCGGUUGGGCAUUUGUCCUUUCAACAACCUAUCAACCUCAAUUGGGGCGUAUUUAAACAUUCCGGAUGACUACGAACAGGAAGAAAUGGUGUUACCUCAUGGUGAAAAUGGUGAUCAAGAGCAAUUGUCUAGUGGAAGUGGUAGUUCUGCACAGUGGGGUGUUUCCGCUAGCUCCCCUUUCAAUUUUCAGACAUCUCUAGCAAUGGAACCGCCUAAUUCUGACUAUAACAGGUCCAGCUCACACAUCAUCAUACCUGGACAUGGAUCCUUGGGCGAGCAAGAAGUAUUGAAAUCUGAAUCUGUUGCAAAUAAAGCCCUAACGACAACAGCGUCUACGGUGUCUUGUGUUCGUGUACUCUCGACUGCGACUUCUACUCCUAACUCUGUCGGAAAACCAGUACAGCUGGUUGCAUUACCCAGGCGAUUGGCUGCUGGUGGACAGCACAUCACAUUUCGACUGCCUCAAACUCCUCCAGCUCCGACAACUCGGCCUAUUUUCAUUGCUGGUGCUGGUGGUGGAGUUUCGAUGCCCUUAUCUUCAUCGCAAACAUCUACUAGUGCUGCUUCUUAUGGUAGUGAGAGUAUUGUACCUGGUGGCCACGAGAUUAUCACACUGGUUGAUGAUGAAGAAGGCGAUUCAGUUGCAAACAUAGUGGAAGACAUCGAAGAAGGUGAAGCCCCUGGUCUUUGUGCGGUCUGUUGCCAACUAGAACCUCCCGGCUUCGACCCUGACGCCACCGGUAAUGGUGACUCUGAAUGUCCGGUUGUCGACUGGACGUCUUGUGAUUACUGUAAGCGUUGGGUGCAUCUGAACAGUGUAUGUAGUCGAAAUGCAAUUAUCACCGACAGUGCCUUCAUGUGUGCUCUGUGCCGUGGUCUCGAGGAGGAGGGCCAACAACAGCCAGCAGUGCAGGAACAAGAGGCGGAAUCUACUUUUUCGUCCGCUGACAUGGGAUCACAUGGUCAAGCAGUCGUGGUGCACCAGGAAUCCUUACUUCCCGUGGAGACAGUUAAGGAUAUUUGA